AGUCCAUGCUGCCAUCUAUGAUAUUAGUAUCAAAAUGUUGAGCUAAAAACUGGUUCUUUUUUUGGUUACUUUGAGAGGGAAAUUCAAAAAGAAGGCAAGUUUUGUGUUUGCCCGAAAGAUGACAUUGCAACUUCAGUUAAUCGAUAAAGUACUCAAUUUUUGUAAAAAACUCAUUUUACGUUCAUUAACACUUAUUCUUAGCUACCCUUAUUUUCCCAUUCCUUCAGUAUUUUUGCAUGAUAACCUUAGUCUAGAAAUUACUGAACGAGUUGAGUUGUCGUUACAAUUCAAUUUUUUAUGAAACUAAGUGAGAUGAAAAUUUGAAAUUUUCCAAGAUUUUACAUUCCAUUAUGAUUGAUGUAUUUAAAUUUUGAACAUUUGCAAGGAGUUCAGUGUCCAGCUAAUCGGUUGACUCACGAGGGAACCCACGACAUCAAGAUUGUUAGAUCAAUAUCAAGAUUUCAUGGGUAGCUAUCGGUACAUUCGGCCUUCUCAAAGACUAAUAUAACCAAUUAGCUGCCACCAUUUCGAUUUCGCCAUUUUAUCGCCUUAUUUCUAGAAAAAAAUUGUAUGCUUUUCUACAGAGAUUUUCAUUCGUUUUAUUUGAUGCAUCUAAUGGAUGCUCUUGCUAUGAAAAGUACGUUUCUGUUUCAAAAUUUUACAAAUGAAAAAAUUAACUCACAAACUCCCAUAGAAAAGCAUACGAAUUGCAAAUGUCGGUGUCGGUGUCGGUACCAUAUAUCUGGAUGGUUUGGAAAUAUAAUAAGAGUUCAAACAAUAUAUCAACAGAAAAUUCAUUUUACUCAAAUACUAAGACUACUGGAUUAAAAUCCAUUGACUUAGCUGCGGGUGUACCUUUCUUUCUAGAAAAAAGGCGAUAAAAUGGCGAAAUCGAAAUGGUGACAGCUAAUUUGGUUAUAUUGGUCUUUGAGAAGGCCGAAUGUACCGAUAGCUACCUAUGAAAUCUUGAUAUCGAUCUAACAUGUCGUGAGAUUCCCUCGUCAGAUUGAAGGGCUUUAUGACAUCAUGGUACUAGCCUUAGCUUAGCUCAUUUUUCGUUCAAUUCAGAGUAGAUAGUUCUGUCAAGAUAAGCAGUCCUUGAAUACAACACAGAAUUGAAAAGAAAUGUAAAACGAAGAAAACAUUAGCAAUAAAAUGGAAUGAAGUUGAAUUGGUGAAUAAAGUUGACUAAACUGAAGAUAGGUGACAGUCUAUGCACCAGUUGGUGCAAGGUUGUAUAAGGUUUUCCCAAAAGUUGGUAGACUCUUGAAGUGUAUUUAUUUCAAUUAAUGCUAUGCUUUCUAUGGAGGUUUGCUUAUUUUACGUUAAUAUCAUUGACUAUUGUGUGGGCUUGAAAAUCUUGAAUCAAGAAACUGAGUUGGAAAGGAAUGUUAUAAAUGAACUAUUUAAAUAGCAUUUACUGGCAGUCGGUCGCACUAUUAUCCGCCUUGAAUAUUGCUUUCAACCAAUACCAGUGAAAAUAUUUAACAGAAAAAUGCUUGAGACGAGGAUUCUGAGUCAAUUUUCAAAAUAUGACAAUCAUCAAGAAAGAAGAACUUAGGCUUUGAGACUGCAAUUAUUAGAUAUUUUUAGGUAAGAAAGCGGAUUCAAUUAAGUUUUGAUUGUAACAAGUUGAAGUUUGUGCUCAAUAUUAUAUUCAUUUAUUGUAAAGAGAAGAAUAUUGAAAUUCGAUAAAAACUAAUUUCUGAGCAACUUUCCUAAUAUACUUCGAAACUCGCCAAAGAAAUGUUUGAAUAUUGUUUGCUAAUCUACUUUGUUGAUUUAAAGCGACAAAAUUGGGCUUCAUUUACAUGGCCUUAAUCCCAUUCAAAGCAGUGGAGUAACAAUAAUGAAGCAAAACUAACUUGAUGUAUCUGACUGAUAAAAGAUGAAUAAACCGGAUUAAUGAAACAAAUUGAGAGAAGAAGACAGAAAAUGAAAAGCCUCUUUACAGGGAAAAAAAUGUUCUUUUUUCAUUUCAUGAUGCAAGUAAAGAAACGAAAAGUUGCAUAAAAUUGCUCAUGUGGAUAAAUGUCCUUGUGCUAAUAACUCAAGAUGAUGAUAAUGAUGAAUCUAUACAACAUGAAUUAUCUAUAACCUGAAGGUGAAACUGAAACAGCGAAAGUGGAAACCAGCUUGGAAGCCAUUUUACAAAAUUUUUCUUCUCUUCAUCUUCUUUCUUCCUUCUUCUUCUUCCAUCCUCUUCCUCUCUUCCAUUAUAGAUAUAGUUUGCUUUAUAGAGUAACAUUGGAUAACAUUGGGCAACAUUGGGUUCAAUUUUGGUUAACCUUUCAGAAGAAGGACAGAAAAAGUCGCCAUUUUUGUUAUUUUCUUUGUCUACUUCAUUCCAUAGUCUUUUCAGUUUCUCUUUAGUUUGUUGCUCGAAAUUUGCUGUAAAAUUUAAUUCUGUUCACUGUAUUUGAAAAGGUUCAUCAUUAUCAUGGCUAGGGAUAAAUUUUCGGUGAAUGAGUUAUAUUGAUACUUUUCAAUACAUUUAAAGGCAUUUUGAUGAAUUCCGGAGUGAGUUAUCAUUAACCCGAAAUCAAUGAAAUUCACAAAAAUGAACCGAAAGAUGGCGAUUUUAACUAACUCUUUUUUAUUGUAAUUUUUUCAUUUUUAAGUUUCUCUCAGACAGUUUCACAUCUAACUUUUGUUUACAAUAGCAAUGGUUACUUUGCAAGUGUAACAAAAAAUAAGGUUCCGUCUGAAUAUAUUCUCACUUAUUUCACUUGCGUAUUGUUUAACGGCUCAAAUUUUCAUUCACAUCCAAUAUGGUUUAUUAAUUUUUGUCAUUUAUGAUAAUCCCUAAAACUGAGCCAAAAAAAUGAAAUUUUAAGCGUCAAAAUUAAUACUAUAUCUGGGCCCCGAAAUCAAUUAAAUCUAACCGCUGAUUUUGACGUCCCUAAUCAUGAAACUUGAAAGUUGGUCUUAAAUGAACACAAUUCUAAUGGUUAUUGUUAUUGAUUGUUUCAAUUUUACAUUACACUUUUGUCUCGCCAUAAAAUUGUUUACCCAAGUUUAAUGUGUGUUAGUUUUAGUUAAUGAUGAUUAUUAAAUUUGAUGACUUUUUUGGGACCGGCUUUUUUCCACCACAUUUACACGUAUACUCACCGAAUUGUCUACCAUAUUGUCCACCACCCAAAUCUAACCCAUCCCACCACAUCUACCUAAUCAAACAUCAUCACUUUUUAGAGAGACUUUUCUUAACAAAAUUGUGUACCACUUUAGAGUUGCUUUUUUCCACCACAUUUUCAAACAAUUUUCUUUAAAAGAUUGUCCACCACCCGAUUCUGACACAUCCACUCCACGGCCAUCAUAUCCAAAAAGUGAUGGAUUUGAAUGGUGGACAAAACAGUGAAACGACUGUAAAAUAGUGAUGGAUAAAGUGUUAGAUGUGGUGGAAAAAAGCCGGUCCCUUUUUCUGUGCUGAGUAAUAAUUUUUAGUUGCUGCGGCAUCUUCAUUACGUUUAAAAGACACUAGUAAAUUCAUAUUUUAAUCUGAUUUAUUAGUUUAACUUUGUUUGGCUAAUUUUUCAGGAAUCAAACCUUGCUUACACCUUUUCAUCGAGUUUUUUGUUUAUUUCUGUUACACUGCCAUCUAGGUGAACUACAAGGGGAAACCGCCAAAUUUUACAUUUAAAAUAAUUAGCUUACUCUAAUGACUCCCCAAAUGGAGGAAAGAUUUAAGAGGGGAUAAGUGGGCAACGGGAGUCAUUAAAUUUGUUAAUGGCUUUAAUUGUGGAAUUCGCGAUCUCCCCCUAAAGUUACUCUAGAUGACAGUGCAAAGGAUGAACAUAAAAAUCUUAGCAAUAAAUAAAGAUCUCGCCUUUAGGUACCAAAUGGUUUAUUAAACUAACUUUUAUUAAAGAAAUGUAAAUUUAGAAAAUGUUGGUGAGUGAAUAAAAAAAAGAGACAUAAAUAAAUUCAAAUCUAAAUCAAUUGUUGAAUCAGUGGACAAACAAAUUGACCAGCAAGCCGCUUCAGAAUUAGCUUUAAUAUCUAUCUCUAUUGAGUUAUUCUCAAUUUUUACAUUUAAUUGAUGAAUAUUAAAUUCAAACAGAUUGUCUUGAUUGGUUACUGAUUUAAAAAUCUUGUUACGCCUUGUGUCCGUGUAACUAGACUGUUACCAAUUUGGCUAACGAGACAAUGUGAAUGAAGUGUUAAUGUUGAUGAGAAAAUGCUUAAUGAAUGUAAUUUAAUUUUGAAAGGGUAUUCAUACAAGUCUUAUCAAUGACAUCACUUUAGAUAGCCAAUGACAAAUAGCUUAAUGAGGGGAAAAGAAUGACUAACUGACCCUAAAUUAACAUUAUUAAUAGCCUAUUCCUAGCAGUAGCAUAACAAGAAAGCAAGAAACUCGAGGGAAAAGUGUAUAUUCAGCAUCCUUGAUUACAUAGAUCAUGAAUGGCUGGCUUAGCGACCUCUUUCAACAUUAUCAUUCAUUGUCUUAUCAUGUGCUAAAAAUGAAUCAAAAAUGUCAAGUUUAUCGAUUCUACAAAACCCUGGUAUGAAGUUGAAAAUAUAUGAAUUUUGACGUCUCUAUCCAUUUAGGGCUAUAACUUGACAAUUUUCUACAGUGUGAUCUUAGAUAAUGAGAGUACUGUGAAAUAGCUUAUUUUCACUAUUCAUCGGGCAGCUAAUUCAUGAUUUUCAAUCCCCCUUAAAAUGAUUUCGUGAGUUUUUUGAUUAAUAUUACAAGAAAGAAAUUCGAAUCAAAUCAAUUGAAAAUUAAAGAAAUCAAAAUGAAAUUUGAUGAAAUUCAAAUUGAAUUAACUUCUCCGAAUUCAGGGAUCGUUGAUAAAUUUAUCUAAUUAUGUGGGACUCUCAUUAUCUGGGAUCUCACUGUUGUCUAACUGGCGCAAUUCAAUUCUGAAAAAUUAUUCUCAAACUUUACCGGUCAUACCCAAGUUACAUUCAAAAAAGUGCAUCUCAUGAAAAUAUUGCAAGAGCGAUUUUCCCUAUUCAUUUGCAGAUCCUCCUUUCUGGUUGCUUCGGCUCAAACUUCACUUGUAUCAACAGUAUGUCUAGUUUUAAACACGUUUUGAGAUUGAGGUAAAGUUGUAAGGGAAAAGAAAUGCAUUAAAACAAACCAACAAUUAUCCAACCAUGAAAACCAGAAGUAGCUGUUUAUCCCAGGAUUCAGUUAAAAUCAACCAAUAAUGAGGUAAUAAAAACAAAGUAAGGCAACAAUAAGAUUGAAAAGUCAAUUAAUAUUCCAAUGGUUGUUACAUUUUUCCUUUUUUUAUGUAAUCAUUAUUUGACUCGUUGUUGCUCGUUUUUGGCUCUCAUUGUCAAACUUUAAAUUGUUAUAUUUUUUUUGUUGAAAUGGUUUCCAAAAAGGUUAAAUAUGUUAAGUUAAAGAAUGAGAAAGCAUCUCCAUCAACACCAUUUGGCUAUUAUACCUUUAAAUCAUUUAUUACACUAUUGUAUAAGCUUGCCUUGGACCCAAAAGGCCGACAAUACCAGGACCUGAGAAGGUUAUUGUGUUUCCCAUGGGGCUUGGCUACGGGUUACCUAUUUUAUUUUGCUUGCAUCCAGCGGUUAGACUUUCCUGACCAAUUGGCUCAAGCUUUGCUUCCUAUUACUCUACUCUUGUACACCAUUGCAUACUGUUUAUCAAUUCAAUUUCGUACCAUAACCUGGUUACUUGUUCCCUCUCUUGCCGGUCAAGUGGGACGAUCCUUUAUGUACCUAACCUUUUUCACCAUUGCCAUAUCACAGCCAGCCUCCAAUCUUGUUGAUAAUACCUUUGAAGCGUCGCGAAAUUUUAUGUGCACCAUCAACUAUCAUCGUAAUGUUACCGUUGAUCAUUUGCGGUUUACCUAUGGACCUUACAUGCAACUUCUUUCAGGUAUUAGUCAGGGAGGAGCUAAAAGUGUUAAUCCAAAGACUAAUUUCAGCAAAAUUGCACUUGAUACCAUUAAAGGAUCCAAAUCAUUUGAGAAAAAUCUGACAACUAAUAUCAAAACAGCGGAUGAAAAAUUGAAACUUAAUCGAAUUAAAACUUUGAGCAAGAAAUAUGAGGAUGCAGCUAACGAUAUCGAUGACAAAAGAGAUAAUUGGCGACUCGGGGCGGCAAAGACUUUGGAUUUAGCUUGUGAAAACGUCCUUUCUUCUGCAUACGAACUUUGUUUGAUGGAAAGUCAAAAAAUGUACAAUAAGUGUUUGGGUGUAUGGCCAUCUUUUCUCCAUUUUAUGUGCAGACCUUACAACAGAAGCGACGAUUGUGAAUCUUUAUCUUCUGACAAAGACUCAGAACUUCGCCAAUCUGUUGGCAAAUGCGAUGGAUUGAAGACCAUACCAAAAAAUUAUGGAACCGCAUUUGUACAGUUGGAUGGUUCAGCAGCCGACAUUGAAUCCCAGAUGAAAGUAAAAGACGUUAAAUACGAGGUGGUCGGCGGUCCAGAUUGGGAUAAAAUUAGUCCAGCAGCAGUUGAGGCUAAUCUUGCAAAAACUUACAGCAACAACAAGAAUGUCUUUAGCGACAUUGCAAUCUUCCUCAAUCGUCUACUUGGAGCCCUUUUCCUUCUUACGCUGUGGCAAGCCAACUCGUAUCAUAAUGGUUACAUGAGAUACAUAUACUUUGACAAUGUUUAUGUUACCGGUUAUUUUAGGGCUCUUGACCAACGCCGAUCCCUUGCCCAGCGAAAUCAUUUACUGCCACUUCGUCGUCUCGAGAAAAGCGAACUCGUUUAUCCUCUUUCCAUAAAGUUGACAUCGCAAGAAAGAAAGACUCGACUUAUGGCCAUUCUAGCCUUGAUUCCCCUAAUGUUUGGAGCCGCUGUAAUUGUUUCAUUCGACUACUUUUUCCAUGAACUUUUAUCGACCAGUGAUGAAUUUUUCAAGCAAAAAACAACCAUUCGAGGUUAUCAAGUUUUCAAUUUCAAUUUCAACCCAAAAUCAUCUUUUGGUAAACUUUUGUCUGGAAUUUUGAAGCCAGCUUUGUUCAACUUUACAAUCAACACUGAUGAAGCCAAUGACAUAUGUCUUCCUAACGCAAAAAACGAAACCAGUGCUUAUUACUAUUUGAUAGCCAUCUGUGGAACCGGAAUCAUUUUGCUGGCUCUCACUCAGGCUCAUAUUCAUCGCUUUCGUCGAGCCAUUUGUGCCUACUUUUAUCCUACUCGGGAAAAAAACCGAAUCCUUUACCUUUACAAUGAUCGACUUCGUAAACGGCAAACUUAUACAAUUUACCAAAUGAGAAAGAUCCGUCAACUGGUUAAUGAUAAUGCUCAUUGGAGAGACACUGCUUUGUUUAAAAAUUUCAUUUCACGAAAAACUCGAUUUACUUGGCUUAAAACCAUGGUAACUCGAUAUUGUACCAUUUGUGAGACAGCAGAAGAUGAAGGUUCAUUUCAGUGUCACCGAUGUUCAGUUUUCUACUGUUCACAUUGUUGGAAGUUGGUGAAAAAAGUUUGUCGAGCCUGUAAAGAUGAUCCAACGGAUCCUCCAGCUUUAACCAAUUGAGAUUAUUUGCUUUCCAUUCAACCUAUAAGGUAAGGAACCUCUAAUCAUAAUUUAUGUGCAACCCAAUAAAAUUGGUAAAAAGUUGAUCAAUGUAAAUUGUUAACUCAUAAUUUAUUUUUAUCCUUAUCACUAUGAAAAUUAUACUGGAUUAAAGUUUAUUAAAUUGUCUAUUAAUGAGAAAAA